GGAGCCAUGGCUGCUGCUGCUGCAGGGGGUCACAUCCAGCGUCUCCGUGAUGAAGCCACUUGCUCCAUCUGCCUGGAUUACUUCAAGGAUCCAGUGACCAGCCCAGAGUGUGGGCACAACUUCUGCAGAUCCUGCCUGAUCCAGUGCUGGGGGGAAUCGGAGGCAGAGGCUUCCUGCCCUCAGUGCAGAGAAAGAGUUCAGAGAAGGAGCCUCAUCCCCAACCGGCAACUGGCUAAUAUGGUAGAAUUAAUCGAGAAUCUCAGCGUUCAAGGAGGGAAGGAAGAAGAAAGAAAUGGAGGAGUCUGCGAGGAUCACCAGGAGCCCCUGAAACUCUUUUGCAAGGAGGAUGAAGUCCCCAUUUGCGUGGUGUGUGACAGAUCAAAGGAGCACAAACACCACGAGGUGAUUCCCCUGAAGGAGGCUUUCGAGGAAUACAAGGGAAAGAUCUGUAGCCGCCUGGAGAUUCUGAGGAAAGAGAGAAAGGAAAUUCUGGCCUAUCAAGCAGACCUGGACAAGGAAAGCAAAGACCUCCUUAAAUUAACAGAAACGGAGAGGCUGAAGACUGUGGAGAAGUUCAAAGAACUGCGCCAGUUCCUGGAAGAACAGGAAAAACAUCUGCUGAAUCAUAUGGAAGAGGUGGAGAAGGAGAUUGCAGGGAGAAGGGAUGAGCAGCUGGCCAGACUCUCCAGGAAACUCUCCACCCUUGAGAAGAUCAUCCAGGAGAUGGAGGGAAAGUGUCAGCAGCCAGCGAGUGAACUCCUGCAGGAUGUGAGAAGCACCUUGCAGAGGUAUGAGAAAAGAGAGAGUCCAGGGAAGCCACUGGUUUUCCCCCCAGAACUGAGGAACAGGAUCUUAGAAUCCAGUGAUCUUGUGGAGGAUGCAAUGAAACAAUUGAAGGAUGCUCUGCUAUUCAGAAAAGCAAAUGUCACUCUGGAUCCAGACACAGCCCAUCCUAGGCUCAUCCUGUCCAAGAAUCGGAAAGGUGUGAGAAGGGGAGGCAAACAUCAAGUCCUGCCUUACAAUCCUGAGGGAUUCACUGACCGGCCUUGUGUGUUGGGACUUGAGGGAUUCACAGCAGGCAGACAUUUCUGGGAAGUCAGUGUGGAAAGUGGGAUAGAGUGGGCUGUGGGGGUUGCCAGGAAGUCUGUGGAGAAAAAGGGCGACUUCUCCUUUAGGCCUGAGGGAGGGAUAUGGUCUGUGGGGAAGUCUGGAGGCAAGUACUCAGCCUUCACCUCCCCUUAUUCCUCUCCUCUGUCCCUGAGUUGGCAGCCCAGGAGGAUCCGGGUGAAUCUGGACUAUGAAGGGGGACGUGUGUCUUUUUAUGACGCUGAUUCAGGAGCCAAACUCUACACGUUCUCAGGAGCCUCGUUCUCUGGAGAGACCCUCCUCCCUUUCUUUUGUCUGUGGGUAAAUGAAACCCACCUCAGUAUCACCUGAGGAGACUAAAUCUGCCUCUCAGGCCCAGCAGGAGUUUCUCUCCAGACCAGAGAGACUGAUAUAAAAAACAUUUACCCACCAAGAGACAUUGGGCAGUUUUUCAAGGGAACCUUUGAGAGGAUUAAUUCCAGUCAAAAUCAGCAGAAAUAACAAAAGAAAAAUGGGUUUUUGUGGCUUUGCAUUUUCCUUCCUUUUCCCAGAAUUCCCUCUGCCUCUUACUUCUUAAAGAGACAGUCACACUUUUAACAGUCCCAAUAAAUAAUAUUUUCCU